AAACGUAGAACUAAAAUGAGCGCAAAAAUCAUCAUCGCCCCUCGGAUCAGCCCAAGUUUGAAACGGUUCGUCUUGUGCAAGCAAAAUCAGAGGUGAGGCUUGCAACUUGCAAGAGGCUGAGCUCUCCAAAUGCUGGAGAGAGGGAUGCUGUACAGACGUAAAACUUCAGCUGCCUGUCUAGGUGGUAAAUUGUGAAGCGGUGUGCAGGACACAUGCCUGUUACCUCAUGAUAGGCGUUUGGAAAUUCUCCAAUUCUCGCUGAUUGCGUCGAAAAUAGCUGCAUUGACAUUGGUGCAACCUAGGAGAGAUGGAGAUGGAUCAGGAUUUGCCCAGCGCAAAGAGGCAGCGCUUGGGAAACGGAGACUCGUCCGUAGGAGUCUCAGGUCAAGGCGAGGACCCCAGCUUGCUCCAGUUCACCUCCGAGCGCCUUAACCCCUCCGAAACCCCUCCACCAAGCCCCAUCCCCGGCCUUAGGCCCCCCAACCCCAUCAACAUUAAGAAGGAAAACCCCGACAAUACCACGGUGAUCCCAGAAACCCCCGAUGUCAAAACAGGGGGGGUGAAGAUUGACAGCAAGUAUAAGAACCUGAAGUUGAACAUGGUGGAGCCUGCUGGGGGGGGGUCCCCGCAGGGGAAUGGGAAGGGGGGUGAAGCGCAGGUUCCUCUGACGGGGGCUUACAUGUCAAGAGAAGAGAACCUGCAGGAGAUGGAGGAUGCGGGGAAGAUCCAGUUCUCGUGCGCAGGGAAUGACGGGGUGGUGCAGCAUAUGAUAUGGCUGAUUGGUUUGAAGAACAUCUUCUCGAAGCAGCUCCCAAACAUGCCCAAGGAGUAUAUCGUCCGCCUCGUCAUGGAUCGGAACCACAAGUCGAUGAUGCUCAUCAAGCAGAACACGGUGAUUGGCGGAAUCACGUACCGGCCAUACCCCACACGGCGGUUUGGGGAGAUUGCCUUCUGCGCCAUCACCUCCACGGAACAGGUCAAGGGGUUCGGGACCCGUCUGAUGAACCACCUGAAGCAGCACGCACGCGACGUCGACAACCUAGAGUACUUUCUUACGUAUGCGGACAACAACGCCGUCGGCUAUUUUGGAAAGCAGGGUUUCACGAAAGAGAUCACAAUGGAUCGGGAGCGGUGGCACGGCUACAUCAAGGACUACGAUGGGGGGACGCUUAUGGAGUGCCACAUCCACCCCACGCUGCCCCACACUACUCUAGCCAAGAUGCUUCGCAUGCAGAAACAGGCGAUCGAGGAGAAGGUCCGCCAGCUGUCCAACCAGCACGUGGUUCACCCAGGGCUCGACACAUGGAAAAAGGCGGGGUACGGACGGAAGGCGAUCAGUAUAGAAGAGAUCCCCGGCGUCAGGGAGGCGGGCUGGCAGCCGGACCCCCAUUCUCAUUUGCGGAUACGGCUGGUCAACACGGCAGGGGAUCGUCCCCCCACCAAAUCGUCGCUGCACGCAUUCAUGCGCUCAGUGUUGCGGGCGGUUGGAGAUCACCCCGACGCGUGGCCUUUCAAGGAGCCAGUAAAUGCGCGCGACGUGCCCGACUACUAUGACAUCAUCAAAGAGCCUAUGGACCUGAAAACGAUCUCGCGGAGGCUCGACGGGGAGGCCUACUACGUCACGCUCGAGAUCUUCAACUCGGACAUGCGGCGCGUCUUUGCCAACGCGCGCAUCUACAACGCCCCGGACACGAUCUACUACAAGGCGUCGACCAAGCUGGAGACGUUCUUCAGCCACCGCAUGAAGGCGGGACUGCAGAUCGGGGGCCGCCCGAUGCCGAGCCACAGACCGGGGAAGGAACUGACUAGUUGACGCUGGAAGCUGUUGCUUUUGAUAAUUGCUUUGCAUGUGUCUGGACGGAGCUUGUCGUAUGUGAGUGUACAGUUUCAUGCACAUAUGUAGCCGCGGAACUCCUUCUGAAUCAUAGUGCCCUUGGGCCCGGUUGUGAGACCGGGCAUGCAUGACGCCAUGUUGCGGUUUGCACAUAGUGGCAGGUCAGCUCAAGCGGACCCAGCUUAGAGUGAGCUUACACAGGUCAGAUGGAGCAUAUUUUUCCUCAAGUGUUCUGCUAAAC